AUGUCUGACUCCCAAGACGAUUCUGACGGCCAGGAAAGUCGCCGAAAGAGAAUUCGCCAAGCUUGUCUCAACUGCAGGAGGAAAAAGGUCCGAUGCACUGGGGAGAAACCUACUUGCAGCUUCUGUACGAGACUUUCACAGGAAUGUGUUUAUGCUGAGGAUAGAAGGAGUUGGAAGCGAGCGCCUAUUACCCUUGAGGUUGGAGAUGAGGAAGUGACUGCUGCUGCGAUGGAUACUAUCAAUGCGAGAUUUGCUAGUCUUGAGAACCAGAUCUCGACACUGCAGGAUACUAUCGAAAAAUUGAUACCGCUUGUCGCUGACCAAAAGCCUGAUGAGACUGGAGUGCCGAGCAAACGUCCUAUUCGUCACGUUCCAGCCAGAUCUACUCCAUCGGCCAUCCUUCAAACUCCAACACCCUUGACAGUACAGUCACCAGUACCUGACCGUCCCCAAUCACGGUCUCUUUCUUUUGCGGCAGAUAUAUACUUCCGUUUUUGUCACAGUCAGCCCUACGCCCUCUUCCAUGAACCGACCUUUCGUCAACGGCUAGCCGACGACUCGCUUCCUUCUUAUCUAUUAUGGGGCUUCCUAUCUGCAGCGAGACGUUAUUCUAGUCUUCCUGUUCCGCAGCCCAAUUGUGCUGAUGAUGCAUCGGCGUAUGCAGCCAAGGCUUGGGAGUGUAUGGAUCUUCCUUGGCAUGCUUCCGCUUCAGCUGAGAAUGUCCUUACUGUUAUUCAGACGAUUAUCCUGAUUGUGAGCACCGAAGUGCCAGCUGGCCUGUGUACACCAGCUCAUAUGAAACUCGGUUUUGCUGUCCGUCUAGCCCAGAAUCACAAACUUAACCUUGAACCCGACACAUCAAUACCUGUCGCCGAGCAGGAGGAACGCAGAAGGACCUUCUGGUCGUUAUACUUACAAGACAAACUAAUCAGUCUAUCCCGCGGCCGAUUCUGCGCAAUCAGAGAUGAAGAGUGCAAGCUCUCUUUACCAUGCUCCGAAGAGGCUUUCAGAGAAGGUCGAGAAGAGCACACACCACUGCUGGAGGAACUAAUUGGAGACUGUGUGGAGCAAGAGUCGGUUGACAGUUGCUGUCCACUCGGACUAAUCAUUGUCAUGGCCUCGAUCUUGGGCCGUGUCUCUCAUUAUGUGCUACAUGAUACGAAAGCUCUACAGCCGAGUCUUCCUUGGAAUUCAACAUCACCCUAUGCCACAUUAUCAUCUGCCCUCCUUCAGGCAGAGCAUUACUUUGCCAUGAACGAGGAUACCAUGGAGAGCCUCCAGACACGCUGCACCAUCGACGGUAGUAUUGAUCAGCUCCUCGCAGGGUCUUUCAUAUUCGCCAAAGCCAUGUUCCAUUUAUCUCACUGCCUUCUCCAUCACCCUUUCCUACUCCAGCAAAGAUUACAGUCAACAAAGCAGAAAGCACCAUCGAUAUUCAUGAAGACUACUUGGGAAAAGUGCAGGACACAUGCCAAGAGUAUAACGGAGCUCAUGGAAAUGAAGAGUCAGAAUGUUCUUCUCUUGACAUCGAUCUAUGGUUACUGUAUCAUGGUUGCGGGAACCAUUCAUGCUUUGUCCAUAAAUGAUGAGAGGGAAAGUAUUAGGACGGAGAGUCGGGAACAUUAUCAUGCUUCAACAGAGUCUUUGCAGGACUUAUCACGAUACUGGGGACACGCAGCACUCAUGGUCAAGAGAUUGGAGCGAUUCCACAACCAAUGCGAGACCCGCGGUCAAGAGCUUUCGCCAUGUACCACAAACGUGGAACGAACACCAGGAGACGUCAAGGCUCUGUGGCAAAGCGUCGACUACACAUCACUAUCUACACCCACAAGACCAGGAAGUCCUACAGCACCAGCACCCCCGACCAGUGAGGCGGACUGGGCUCUUUCGUCAGAUAUGUUUGAUUUUACGGGCUUCGGUGGAUUUGCGGAGGGUGUUGAUGUUUUCAGCAUCUCGUUUGUUGAUGGUGACAUGAUGUUGGAUGGAGAGAUGCCGACAGAUAUAGGUAUUUGA